GGUAGAUAAUACCGCUCAGUCAGUGUCCCAACGAAAAAGUUCUUAAACGAAAUUUCUUUUUUUCGAUUCUUAGCUUUCGAACACUGCAUAUGGUGCUCAAAAAAACCAAUAAUCAAUAAACGAAGAAAAAUCACGGGUGGCUAGCGUCAAAUUCUUAACAUAUGCUAAGGGCAUAAAUUAAGCCCCAUAAAGCAACAACAACUAUAAUCGAUAAAUAAAAAAAUCGAAAAAGCCAAUUGGGCUACCCCAAACGAUAAAUGGAGCAGAACGAAGCAAAGAAAUUUGAAUAAGAUAAGAAAACGCCUUAAAAACAAAAAUAUCCAAAAAAAGAAAAUAAAAAUUAAAGCCUUGACAAAAUCAACAAAAACCUUUUCAUUCUCCGAAAAAAGUGGUACUCCCUAAGCUACAUAAAUAAUUAACUGUGAUUUUUUCCCUUCCAACUGCCCAAAACUCGGUGAACGUGACACAUUUUUAAAGCAAAAUCCAACACUUUACGCUUAUUUACCCACAAUUCUGUGUUUUCUGUGACAUUGCCACUUGAAAAGACCCAUACCGAUCAACUUCAGCUUCAACGUAGUGCUGGGUUGAGGUGUUGCAUGCCACACUACCAGCAUAUGAAAUUUGUUUUUCCUGCUCAGUCUUAAGCAUUUAAUCUCUAAGCCAUCACAAAAUGGCCAGUUUCAAACAAAUUGUGCAAUUUCUAAUAGUUUCCUGUAUAGCUGUAACAAUUUUGCCCACAAUUACCAGCACUUCACCAUCUCCAUCCUCGCUGGAGGCGUCUUCAGCCAGCAUUGUAUUAAGACCGGGCAAAUAUCAUCAUCAACAGGCCACACAGCCUCAUCAUCUGCCGCAUAGUAAUCAAAAGCCUGUAAAGAAAUCAUAUCAAAGCUCUGCCAAGGGUCUUAAUAUGAUGUCGGCCAUAUCGACACGACAAAAUCCUAUUAAAAAUUGGCUAGGAGCUUUCAACCGCAAUCAUACAGGACCCCCUAUGCCAGGUGGAUUUGGUGCUGCUCCAGCAGCCAGUGUAAAUGUGGCCAAUGAUGCUGUUCCACACACAUGUUCAUGCAGAUGCGGUGAACGCAACGACGAAUCGCGCAUUGUUGGCGGCACCACCACAGGCGUCAGCGAAUAUCCAUGGAUGGCCCGUUUGAGUUAUUUUAAUCGUUUCUAUUGUGGCGGCACCCUCAUCAAUGAUCGCUAUGUGCUAACUGCGGCCCAUUGUGUCAAAGGUUUUAUGUGGUUCAUGAUCAAGGUCACAUUUGGAGAGCAUGACCGUUGCAAUGACAAGGAAAGGCCAGAGACUAGAUUUGUGUUGCGUGCCUUUACCCAGAAAUUUAGUUUCUCGAAUUUCGACAAUGACAUUGCCUUGUUGCGUUUAAAUGAUCGUGUACCCAUAACAAGUUUCAUAAGACCCAUAUGCUUGCCCCGCCCCGAGGAAAGAAAUGAUCUGUUUGUGGGCACCAAGGGUAUUGCCACUGGGUGGGGCACCUUGAAAGAGGAUGGAAAACCCUCAUGUUUGCUGCAGGAAGUGGAAGUCCCCGUUUUGGAGAAUGAGACCUGUGUGGCCCAGACCAAUUAUACGCAGAAAAUGAUUACGAAAAAUAUGAUGUGUGCCGGUUAUCCGGGUACCGGCGAACGUGACAGCUGUCAAGGUGAUUCUGGUGGCCCUUUGGUGCGUCUAAGGCCAGAUGAUAAACGUUACGAACAAAUCGGCAUUGUUUCCUGGGGCAAUGGUUGUGCCCGGCCCGAUUACCCCGGUGUUUAUACUCGGGUAACGAAAUACAUAGAUUGGAUCACUGAGAACUCCAGCGAUGGUUGUUUUUGCGAUGACAAUUACUGAGGAGAUUUCAAGAGAAAUGAUGGGCCUUUUUCUCAACGCACAAACUGGUUGGGUUUAAAUUUAUAUUUAAGCGAUAUUUUUUGAUAGGUGCACCACUUUGCCGAAUAUUAAGUAAACAAUUUUAAAAUACUA